AUGAAAUCCUACCUGAUCUUUGGCAUCUUGGUUGCCGUUGUUUGCGCUACUGGUUGUUUUCGAUCGAAUGUGGCGGCUCCCGAACAUGUGAAGUCGCCUCUUCCGCAGAAUUACGUUCGCUCCGGACAACUUCCCAAGAACUAUGAUCCUCGUAAUAUCAAUGGCCUGAAUAUGGUGAGUGUCAACAAGAAUCAGCAUAUCCCUGUUUGGUGUGGAUCGUGCUGGGCAUUCUCGGCUACUUCCGCUGUGUCGGAUCGUUUGAAACUCAUGACGAAAGGAGCCUGGCCGGAGCAUGAUCUCUCCGUCCAGGUGGUUAUUAACUGCGCAGAUAAUGCGGAGGGCUGCGGAGGUGGUCAUCCCACGGAUGUUUACCGUCUGAUGAACGAAAUGGGUGUUCCGGCGGAGGGCUGCAUGCGCUACGAAGCCAAGAACAUGGAAUGCACGGACAUCAACAUUUGCCGUGAUUGCGAUAUGGAUCAUGGCUGCGUCGCUGUGAAGAAUUAUACGAAGUACUACGUGGAGGAGUAUGGCAACGUCAAUGGCGAAGAAAACAUGAUGAAGGAGAUCUACGCGCGCGGUCCGAUCACCUGCGGAAUUGCCGUUCCCCAGGACUUCGUGGACUACAAGGGCGGUAUCUACAAGGACGAAUCGGGCGCCGUGGAGAAGGUGCACGCGAUUUCGGUGGUCGGUUGGGGCGAAGAGAACGGCGAGAAAUACUGGAUCGGCCGCAACAGCUGGGGCAAUUACUGGGGCGAGGAGGGCUGGUUCCGCAUUGCGCGCGGCAUCAACAACCUGGCGAUCGAGUCGGAGUGCCAGUGGGCGGUUCCGAAAGUCCCCGAAGCGAGGAAGAGCCGCGAGUUCCGCCGCCGCGAAUUGCUGCUGCACGUGCGAGAGGGCUGCGUGGAUAAGAGCCGCGCGGUGAACAAGGAGCACGUGGUGUCGCCGCUGCCGCACACCUAUCUGAAGGCGAACGAUCUGCCCGCGAGCUACGACAUCCGCAACGUGGACGGCGUGAACUACGCGACGUGGAACCGCAAUCAGCACAUCCCGGUCUGGUGCGGAUCGUGCUGGGCGCAGGGAUCCACCGCCGCGCUCUCGGAUCGCAUCAACAUCAUGAGAAAGGGCGCGUGGCCUGCGGUGAACCUCGCAGUGCAGGUCGUGCUGAACUGCGGCGACGCGGGAUCGUGCCAUGGCGGCUGGGACGACGGCGUGUACGCCUACGCGCACGAAGUGGACAUUCCCGAUCAGACCUGCCAGCCCUACGAGGCGGUGGACCACGAGUGCUCGCCCGAGAAUAUCUGCAGGAACUGCGAUCCGGAGAAAUGCUGGGCGGUGACGGACUACAAGGUGUACAAGAUCUCCGAGUAUGGUCGCGUGAGAGGAAUCGAUGCGAUCAAGGCGGAGAUUUUCGCGCGCGGACCGGUGUCGUGCUCGAUGACGGUGCGCGAAUCCUUCCUGGAUUAUCAUGGAGGCGUGUAUGAAUCGGAUAGCAGCCCCAUGGUGGCUGGACACAUCGUGGAGAUUGCGGGAUGGGGCGUGGAGAACGGACGGCCGUACUGGAUUGGACGCAACAGCUGGGGCGAGUACUGGGGCGAGGAAGGCUGGUUCCGCAUUGAUAUGGAGAAGGACAGCGGAAUCGGAUCGGACUGCGGAUGGGGAGUUCCGAUCAUCGAUUUUUGA